AGAUCGAUCGAUCGAUUGAUUCAUCGCUCAAUGCGUCUGAAGGUUUUUGUCGGAGCGAUUGAGCGUCGUCGCACGCCGUGGAUGCGAGCGUGAACACCCGGGCAGGGUUUGGAGGCGCGAUGGGGAGCGCGGACGGGGAAGACGCGGGAGCCUUGAGCGAUUUCGACGAGGACGAAGAGCUUGAGGCUGCCCCUGUGCAGUUGCCUCCGAUUGCUGCCUCGGGGGGAGGAUCGGCCGUGGAGGAGAAGGAGGAGGAGAAGGGGGAGGAGCAAAAGCAGGAUGAGACGGAGGGACAGACCGUGAAGCAGCUCGAGGCGGAGCUGGAAGCGGAGAGGAAGGCGAGGAAGACGUUGGAAUUCGCGAAAGCGGAGGGGGAUGCAAACUUUCUCCGGUUGAAGACGUUGAUUCAGGAGGCCGCACGGCAACGAGACGAAGCUUACCGGGCUCGGGAUCAGUCCGUGCGAGAUUUGGAAUUGGUUGUGCGGCAGAAGGAGGAAAUUGCACGCGAUAGGGAUGAGGUUCGGAUGCAGCGGGAUGAGAGUUUGCGUGCUAGGGACGAGGUUAGCAGGGCGAGGGAUUCCUUGAAGAUGGAGAUCGGAGAGGUUGCCAGGUUACUUAUCGGUGCCAAUGAGAAGGUCACGUCCAUGGCUAAUGGUGUCAAGAGUUUUGGACGUAAUUUGCCUGGGUCGAAGUAUACGGGUUUGCAAGCUAUUGCGUUUGGGUUUGGGAAACGGGUGGAAGAGAUUGUAGAGGAGGUUUUGAGGCAGAGGGAGGCUGCGACGAAGGCUCACCGGGAGGUUAGAGAGCAGAUGGAGCAGCACACGUACAGUGUUGCCAUUGAGGUGUCUGAGCUCGAAGCCUCAAUUUCGCGGUUGAAAGAGGAUGUAGCGAAUAAGACCUCGGAAGCUGAAGCGUGGAUGAAACAGGCUAAAAUCAAGGACGAUAAGAUUUUGGAAUUGGAGGAAACGUUCUCUAAGAAACUUGCUUCUGCUGAGGGCGAAGCUAGUACAUUACGACAGUCCAUCCAGGAGGUCGAGGCCCUGUUGCAGAACUUCAAGCAUGAGGCUGGCCAGCAUAAGGAGAUGCUUCGAGAAGUACUGAAGUGUGGUAGCAAACUUCGUAAAUGCUUGCUGGAACUACCUCAUGAGUUGGAUCCACCUGCUGAUCCAGAGGAUUUGGAUAAUAUAUCAUCUGCGCCUUCAAGAGGGAUUGUUGACGAGAAACAGAGUCUGCCUCAACAGUGCCUAGUAGAGAUGAAAUCGUUUUUAGAGUUAGGUGUAAGCGCAGGAAUCGCAUGGAAAGAAAAGACUGAGGACUGGGAGAAAACUAGUCACGAGCUUGUAACCAGAAUAGAAAGACUGGUGGGGCAGAAACAGGAUGCCGCUGAUCUGUUAACUGUCGCUUUGGCUGAGAAGCAACAAGUGCUGGAAACUAUUUCGGACCUCAGAGUAAAACUUAGUCAAGAGAAUCUGGAGGUGGCAAGACUGCAGGCAUCCUUGAAGGAGGCCCAAGAGUUGGCAGAGAGAGGGAAAAUGUCUGACGAGGAAGAAGAGAAUGAAGAACUUGUUCGACUUAGGGCUGAGCUGUCCUCAUUGGGACAGAGUAGAGACGAAGCUUUAUCAAAGGUGACUGCAUUGGGGAGUGAAGUGAAUAAAUUGAGGCAGCAAAUUGGAGAACUUGAAACAGCUCUAACAGGAUCAAGGUCAGAAGUUGGAGAACUGAAGACAUUAUCAAAUACUCAGUCUAAAGAGCUGGCUGAGAAAGUAGUACGAAUCAAGGACUUACUGUUGCAGAUGGAGGAUUACACUGCAGAUAUCGAGGCUUUGGAGGAGGAAGUAGGUCGAUGGAAGCAGGCUGCCACAGACGAGGCUGCUGCGGGAGCUGCGGUCAUGGACGAUCUUGAGAAAUGUCAAUUUGAGGUGUCCCAACUCAAUAAACAAAUUGACGGACUCAAAAUCGCACGAGAGGAAGCUGCAUUGAAAGUACGGUCUAAAGAAGAAAUGGCUUCAGCAGCUAUCGCAGCUAGGACUGCGGCAGAGCGCUCCCUUCAAAUGGCGGAUGAAAGGGCAGCUGAGUUGCGAGAAAGGCUGGAAGAAUUGAACAAACAACUGGAAGAGAAUGAGAGUAGGAAAGAAUACAGAUUGGGGUUGAGCUUGUUAGAUAUGUGUUGUCCGUGGUUGCGCAAUCGUAGAAGAUCCAGCGAGGGAGGUGGUACCCAGAUGGCUGCGGAGAUGGAAGAGCUUCUGGAACCGCUGGUGUAAGAUAUACCUAACCAUUUUUUGACAUUCUUGACUGGCUCGUCGUGCAUGUCCUUCCCUAGCUUGGGAACCUACGUGUACAUACAGAGAUGAAGUAUGGGAAUUUCUACUUCUGUAAUUCCAAUAUUCUCUUUAAUCAAAGAUUACUGUUCAUUAUUUCGAUUGUAAA